GUUUUGUUGAAAUUGUAAUAAUUGACUGGUGGACGCAGCCAGAAACCCUAGGAAUUCGAAUUGGAAGACAUGGAAGCCUUUACAUCGGAGCACAGUUGACUAAGUAAGUGGGAAGCAGCGAAAUUUGAUAGAUGCUCCGGGUGAUUUCCUUUCUGCCCCCAUUUUAACAGAUGAGUUUGUCAUUGAAAGCAAAUUCUUUCAAUUUAAAGUUAUUGAUGGCAAUUCUGUUCUCAUUUCUGAAACUAAGCAAGGAAUCACAUCUCUUAUGGACUUCAAUUUUGCUAGGAUUACUUGGUUAAACGAUUCCUUUUUCAAGAUUUGUUCUAAUAAAAGGUCUCCUAGGUUGGAGUUGAAUAGAUCGCUUUUUGUUGGGUAUGUCGAAAAUUACUUUGGUGGAUUUAUCCGAAUCAUUGAAAAAGGAAGUGAUUCUCUAUUUAUUCCAGAGGGACGGAAUGGGAAGGGGUUCAAUCUUUUUCUUGCAGGUAUUGCCAGAGCAAUUGCAAUGAUGAAAGAAAUUGAUGCUAAAACAUUGGCUAUUGAACAGACCUCACAUAAAGGUUUUAGUGAUGAAAUGGUUUCAAAUAACCUUGAAUUGGAUUUUUUUCCUUUUAAUGAGAAUAACCUUUGUGAAAUGGGAACUUCCAUCUCCGGCACAUUAUUACAAGUCGAUAUUGAGAAUUUUAAUUCUUUCAAUCAUUCUUUGGAUUUGGUAUCUAUUGACGAAGUUCAUGGCGGUGAAAAUAUCUCUGAAUCUGAUGCAUUCAUAAAUCUUAAGGAAUUUUUUCAAGACACCUUGACAAAAGGGGUGGACUCACUUUCUCAUUAUUUGGUGUAUGAAUUUGAGAGACUUCUCACCUCUGCUUUGGGAAACCAUAAGACUUUGACUAUGAUGCCCACAGAAGAAGAAAAAUCUUCUAGGGCGCUGAAUAAUCUGGGGAAAGCUGAUCAAAACAAGAUAGGGGCUUUAGAGUCAAGUGUUAUAGGUAUUACGGGUGAUUGUGCAAAUUCUGGAUGGGAUUAUGCAAAUCACGAUUAUACAGAUAAUCUUUAUGCGGCUUUUGAUUUUGAGGGAGCUUUUGGAGGAUCGAACUCUUCACUCUCAGGUGAUGAAUUUCUCGGUCAUGUCUCAGAAAAUGAGAAGAGGGUUCCUAUUUCAACGGAGGAGGAUCUUUGGGAUUCUGAUACCAAUGAGCUUAUUUGUCAAAAAGCUUUGCUGGUCACACGAGAGAAUUGCUUACCCACUCAGAACCUAAACACGCAAAGGAGAUCAUACAAAAAGAAGAAUCAGAGAUCGCAUCUUAUGAGAACAAGAUCUCAAACACGAAUGGGUCUUUGAAGAUUUGAUUAAGGACUCGGGUAUCAGUUUAUUACUUUACUUUGGGUUGGGUGGUAUUGUUGUUUAUUGUAGGUUUCUUUUAUUUUUCUUCUUUCUCCCUCAUUUUCCUUGUACUUUGCUCUUUUUAAUAAAGUUUUCUUUAAAAAAAAAACUUUAAAUGAACAUAUUUUUCGUUUAUUUCAUAUGUAACUACAUCAAAAGCUUUUUACUUUUAGCAGGGUUGAUCGUUAGGCUACGUAUUGAAUCCAUAUAUAUUGACUCGUGAACUAAUUAAUUACUUGCCUAGAUUUAUAAAUAAAUUUGAGAAAAAGAAAAAUAUAGCUAGUGCGGUGGCCAAAAUUAGAAAAGUGUAAUGCGGUGGCCAAAAUACGUUUAGGCCUAAAAGGUGUUGUUAGAAGAAUGAUUACCAAAUAAAAUCAUACAUUCUGUUCGUUUCGGUUUAGUUUGAUUUAGAUUUGCUAUCAUUUAAAAACAUACUACGUAUAAAGGUGUUAUUGAAUUAUUUAUUUGGGUUGUUUUUAAUUGUCUAUUUUGAUUUGUUUUAGUUUGGAAAGGGGUGGAAGAAAUAUUAACGAACAAUUUGCAUAUAUAUCAAUUUAGGUUCGAUUUAGUUUAGUUUGGUAUAGUAUGUGUUUCAAUUCGAUCAAACGAAUGUAUAUGCUCACUCUAGGUAUUGUUUGUAUCCCUUUUUAUCGCUCUAGAAGCAUGAAAGUAGUUUAUAGUGACAAAUUUCAUAAAACAAAACGAGUUAGUUUAAUUAUUUUAUACACAAAUUCAAAUGAUCGAUUGAGUUUGUUGAGCAACAGGAUGAGAUAUAUGGCAUUGGAAGUGGUGGUUAGCUUGACCAAGACAAAGUAUACGGGCUGCGUGAAAGUGCAUGGAGUGUAGAUAGUGUUUACUAUAUUGAAGUUCCCACACCGAAGCUUAGAGAAGCAGAAACGGAGCAAGGGACUUGUAAAAUUCAAGCUAUUGACUCAUUGAAACAUACUUACCUGGACGGGUCAAUGGGUGAUCAAGAAGAUCCAUGGCCGAAGUUGGUGACUUGCAUUGCACAUUGAAUUGGAAAGUGCAUGACGGUUACUGUAGAUCAGCACAAAUGCGAGUGACGGUUGCCUUCUCCGUUUGGUGUUCGCGGUUUAGUAAUUACGUGUGGCCAGCGUUUGGCCGGUACUGUUCGGCUUAAAGAAUAUUUUCUUCUUCCGUUGCUGGCCAGCCAGACGUAAAGCUUCUUUGUUUUCUUCUCCUUCUCUCUGCGCGAAACUGUGGACCAAGCGUGAAGGGUUGAAGGCGGUGAAGGCGUGAAGCGUCUAAGGCCCCAAACGACCAAGCGUGAAGAAUAACUUAAGGAGACUGGCGACUGAACUCACCGGCGACCCGCGAGGCAGCAAGUCAGCAACCUCGUUUUUGCAGCGAACUUGGAAGACGAUUGACGGACUCCGCCUCUGCACUUUAGUCAGAUUAUGUGGAUGGUGAUCAAGAUGGAAAAAAGCUGUUGCAGCAUGUGUGUCAGGGAGGUGAUAGAUAGUGAUUUUCAAGAUAUGGACAAAGUAGAAGAGAAAACAGGAAGGAUGGUGACAGACAUGAAAGUGAACACAAAAGAGAUUAUGAACAAAAGUUGAAUGACAAACAUUAAAGGGUUGCACGAUAUGGAAAACUUAGGAAAAGACAUGAAGAGGAGAGUGGUAAAGAAUAUGAUGGUCCUUAGGAAAAGGCAUAAAGGGUUUCAACAAAUCCCCAUCUCAAAAUUAAAGAUUUCUCAACUAGGCAUAUAUCCAUAGAUGCGGUUGCAGAUGCCCACCCCGCCACGGUUCUGUUUUUUGAGAAGAUGUGUGUCCCUACAUGAGCAUCUCUGGACUUAUACGAAUUGCAGACUUCAAACUACUCGUAACUACCUAUAAUUCUGAUUUUCUACAAGAUUGAAAGUCAUCCAUUGCACUCCUUGCAGAAGAUGGGUUUGCAAAUAAUUGACAGUAACACUGAUGGUUUCCCUAAAUUUUGAAGCAUCUAUGGCCGAGGAAAGGGCCCAAAAUGCUUUAGGCAACCUAAAGGUCAAAUCUUAAGACAACCUUGAGAGGGGUUCGGUGUGAUAGAUCCAGAAAGCACAUGGGGCCAAUGUGACAAUGUGUUAGACUCUAGAACUAAAUAUUUCUGAUAAAAAAAAUAGAAGGUCGAAGGCUCAAUAGAAUAAAUCAGAAAGUCUUGGUGGCCAAAUGAGACGUUUUUCUUAAGAAGACUGUUGCAUUGUCAGUGCCAACACACUCCCACCCUCUCUGAUUACUUUGAAGUUCAUAGUUUAGGCUCAUAUCCGGUUCUUCAAUUGAGUUGGGAGGGUGUGAACUUUAGGCGAUAUCAUAGUCCUGGUGAUGCAGGGGAGAAGAAAAACGCGCUGACUGAAUGGAACAACAAAUGCCCUUCUCGGCUUUUGUCACUCAUUCUUGAACUAGGGAGUUGUAUAUAGAUUAUCACAGGAAACGAGUUGCAGAAGUUGAUGAUGAAAGGUUAAAGUUUGAAUUCAGCACCAUGCUUCCAAGGGAGGAUGAUUUAGCUAAAGUUUGAAUUCAGCACCAUGCUUGUACUCUAAGAAGGUUAGUUGGCCUAUUUCCGUGUAAGAAUGAAGAGGAAUCAGCUACAGGCACCAGGGGUAAACUAUAUAUAAGGAUAUCCAUUGAUUCUGCCAUGAGUUUUUCAGAUUGAAGAGACUGAUAACUGGCAUAGACUGAUGCUACUUAUACAGGGCGUAGGAUAUUUCUACGCUUUGAAGUUGUGGACUCGGCUUUCUAUAUGUGGGUAAGUGGGAUUUGUGUUGGAUAUAGGUUCGUCACUAUUUUUUACUUCUGUGGCAGGUUCUCCCAACAUCUAAUAUCUCUCCUUUUUGCAUGGUGGAAAUGUUGUCCUUUGUAAACAAUGAAUGCUAUGAUUCCUGAAUAUGUAUGAACAGAAGGGGCACUGAGGACAAUUGGUCCACACCUAACAAUAUUUCCAACCUGAAUUUAAAUAUAUAAUUAAGUUAUAAUUAAUAAAAGUGCAAUCUUUUCCUUUAUUCUUAUAUCAUUUUCAUUUCAUUUUCAUUUACCCCAGUGCCGCAAAGGCUCCCACCAGGUAACGGGGGGUCGGAUGUACGCAGUCUUACCCCUGUACUAAAGCACAGAGAGACUGUUUCCGGAUGACUCGUAGUGAAAAUCGCGUCCAAAAUUGCAUGGACUGACUGCUGCUUCAUAACAAAGAAGCACACACACUCAAUUUGCGGGAGUGUCUUGAACGUGGUCAACUUUUGCUUAAGAAGCCACCUACUUGCUGAAAUUGGGAUUAGAGGGAUUUUUGGUUGUAGAGACCAAUCUCAUAGUCAAAUGCAAAACUCAAUUUUGGCACUUAAUUCUCAAGUUGGAGGCGUAGGACGGGAGCACCGCCGGACUUCAAUUGAUUCGAUCGUUCACUGCCUCAAGUAUUUAAAAGUUCUGGGAUUCCAGCAUUAGCUUUCAGGCCUUUCAGGAACCGGGACAGCCUUAUCCUUCUAGCUACGCCGCUUCUAGAAAGGAUGUCGUAUGAGUGGCAUUCCACUCUUUGCUUCUUUAAGCAUGGUCGUGGUAGAGCACUGCUACUCACCAUUUCCUCAUGUGGUGUCGAGAAGCUGCCAAACGAACCCAAUACGUCUGAAAUACGUACUGGUGCCUGCAGUGAUGCUGCUUGCCCUUCUUGAAUUAACACCACACUGCUGAUGUGCCUUCACUGCUUCUAUUUGGUUUGGUUUCAUCUUUUUGCUCAAACAUUAAAACUUCAAUGUUAACUGAUGCUACUAUGUCCUAGCUAUGUUUGUAAGAUGUUUUGUUUCAUCUUUUUUACCCAAACAUUCAAACUGCAAUGUUACUUCACCAUGCGGUUGUAAAGACCAACAUUGAACUGCGUUUUGGAUACUUCGCAAUAUAUUUGCGCAGUUUUUUUAUUAAGUGCAGUUUUCUCUCUUUA